AUUCGUGCGCGCCCUUACAAUGCGACUGCGCCCCGCCCGCCUCGGAGCUGAGACUCUCGGGGGCGCGCCCUUUCCCUCCCUGCUGUAUCGAUGAAGUUGCUUCAAAGAUGGCGGAUUUCCUGCCGUCUCGGUCCGUUUUAUCAGUUUGUUUUCCUAACUGCCUUCUUAACAGCAGCGAGGCAGAGCAGCUGAGAAUUUCCAAGGAGAUCGACAAAUGUAUUUCCCGGGAUAAAACGUACGUGAAGCGGCUGGUGAAGAUCCUGCUGCUCGGAGCAGGAGAGAGCGGCAAGUCCACUUUCCUCAAGCAAAUGCGUAUCAUCCACGGCCAGGACUUCGAUCAGAGGGCCAAGGAAGAGUUCCGGGCUACGAUCUACAGCAAUGUAAUUAAAGGGGUUCGAGUAUUGGUAGAUGCCAGAGAGAAGCUUCACAUCCCUUGGGGUGACCCCUCCAACAAUGAGCACGGGGACCGCGUGAUGAGCUUUGACACCAGAUCAGCCACGGUUACACAGGGCAUGGUAGAGACCCAGGUGUUUCUCAAGUUCAUGCCUUCGAUCCGGGCACUGUGGGCGGACAGUGGCAUCCAGAAUGCUUAUGACAGGCGGCGCGAGUUCCAGCUGGGGGAAUCGGUAAAAUAUUUCUUGGACAAUUUGGAUAAACUAGGGGAACCGGAUUACCUGCCAUCACAGCAGGACAUCCUGCUGGCCCGGAAACCCACCAAGGGGAUCCACGAGUACGACUUCGAGAUCAAGAAUGUGCCCUUCAAGAUGGUGGACGUGGGCGGGCAGCGGUCGGAGCGCCGGCGGUGGUUUGAGUGCUUCGACAGCGUCACCUCCAUCCUCUUCCUCGUCUCGUCCAGCGAGUUUGACCAGGUGCUGAUGGAGGACCGGCAGACCAACCGGCUCAUGGAGUCCCUCAACAUCUUCGAGACGAUAGUCAACAACCGCGUCUUCAGCAACGUCUCCAUCAUUCUCUUCCUCAACAAGACGGACUUGCUGGAGGAGAAAGUCAAAACUGUCGCCAUCAAGGACUACUUCCCCGACUACGAAGGGGAUUCUCACAGCCUGGCCGACGUGCAGAAGUUCCUGGUGGAGUGUUUCCGCAACAAGCGCCGGGAUCAGCAGCACAAGCCCCUGUACCACCACUUCACCACGGCCAUUAACACAGAGAACAUUCGUCUGGUAUUCCGCGACGUCAAGGACACCAUCCUACACGACAACCUCAAGCAGCUCAUGUUGCAGUGAUGCUCAGCUAGGACUUUUUUUUGGGUCUUUUUACUCCAUUUUCAGUAACCUUUUAAAAAAAUUCUUUCAUGUGGGGGAGGAGGGGUGGGGGUGGGGGAGGGGCUUGUCCUGGAGGGGAGAGUUUUCAUCUACAUCAGCCUUCAGAAUGUUUAAAGUUUGUACGCCUUUGCGACCUAGUGAUGUAAAGAUGAUACUCCCCGUUUUUAUUUUUAUUCUUUUAGAAACGUCUAUAAAAAUUGCCUUUUUCGAUGUUUUAUGCUUCCCUUCUCUGCUGAUUCAAUUCAAACCACUGAUGCCUCAUAGAAGGCAGUCACUUGUUAUUAAUAACUUUUGUUAAUUGAAAAUUGAGAAGAUGGUUCAGGAUGGGGGCAUAGGCAGCAAGAGAGGUGUUCUAGGACAGCAGUGCAACGGUAUCAGCACAGCCCUCGUCUUAACUCAUGGAGCCUUUACUGCUGUCGAAAUAGAAAGGGCUGAAACACUGAGCCUUCAGAUAUUUUUCAUUAGGAAAUUUUUUUGGGCCAAAAGAUUUCCAGUCCGUCAGGCCUUAAUUUUUGUAUGUUUCUUACAAAGUUCUUAAAUAGCAAAGGUUGACACUUUUUGCCUUGUGACUUAGUACUGCUGCUGGAUGUGAAAAACAAAAAAACCCAACAAACAGGGAUUAGGAGAGCAUACGCACAGACUUGCACCUGGUCAGACUUGUACUGAAUUGUACCUGUGCUGUAGUGUGCUGUGCUGGAGUGUUGCAGCUACAGUACAUAGCUUAAUCUCAGGGCUGAAUGUAGACCACUUUAUGUAUAAAAGAAAGAAGUUUGACAGAUUUCAGGUCUCCAAUGAAACCCAUGAUUUAUGCCCAUCCAACGGUAGUAUUAAAUCCUUAUGGCUUGUAAAGGUUUUAUAUAUAUGUUUGUAUAAUGCCUCUGUGAAUUCUUACCAGUUUUUCUUUUGUUUUUUUUUGGGGGGGAGAAAAGUUAUUUUUUUCCUUAACCGAUUUGCAGCCAAAUCAGGAUCAGAAUUUCAGUAUUCUACAACGGUGAAACAAUCAUGUUUGUCAACCACAGUGCCAUUUUUUUAAGGUACCCAUAAAGGUUUUUAAUUUCUCUUUUCCUAUUUAGUCACAUGCUUGCAAAAGGGAUAGAAAUCAUUUUAUUAAUCUUGUAAAGAUCUGUUUGUUUAUAGAUGUACAGAAAUUAUUUGGGAUUUUUUUCCAUUAAUAGUUUUUUUAGAGGCAUUAUAUAUUAAUCUUAAAUUUGGUGUCUGUGAUGUUUUUCCCCACAGUUAUUAAACCCAUACAAAUCAUGUCACUUUUCUGAGAAAGAUAUCUGGGCUCUUGAGUACAAGUGACACUUUAUGGCUUUUCUUUUUCUGUUUGUAAGGACAGACAUGAUUUUCUGCCUGAUGCAGUUCUUUUCCAUUUUUACCUCAGUCUGAAUUGGACUUUCUCCCCAGCCUCUCCUGAUACUCUGACUUGUUCCUUUCAUGAUGUCAGUGCUAAUCAUACUUAACAAAACGUCUUGCAUUUCCUGGUUCAUCUCAUGAUAAUUUGCAAUAGUACCUCUCAUCUGACUGUUUAGCUCUGUAAAAGGUCUAAUGUGGUGCCUUCCUUUAGGUUGUAUGGAUUUUUAGCUUAAGGAAACUCACUCUUCUUUUGCUAAUGCACUUCCAUGUAAUAGGAAGCUGAUUCCUAACAGCUGCUAAUCGAAGUUCAGUCUGCUAAUAAUGGAGGUAGUAAUAUAUAACCUAAACGUUUAUUAGCAUUUUCCCUGGGAGCUCAUCUUACCCCAUUUAUCUGUGGCAGUGCAAUAAGCUUUAGAGGUUUUUCCCCCAAUUCUUUCUGGAGAAUCAAUAAUAGUUUAUUUUUAGUUUUCCAAAAACAAACACUUCCAGUUAAGAUUUUAAAAAUAGCUGCCUUUAGUAAGUAAUCUGUUGCAUGACCUGGAGGUUUUAGAACAGACCUUCCAGUGGAGUGCUGUCCAGUGCUGUUAUAAGAUAAUACUGUAUCUCCUAUGUAAUCAUGUUGGCACACAGUUGAAUCUUGGUGCUCUGUACCUCUUGCCUCAUUUCUGUACAUUCUCUACUGCUGGGCUGGCAGACCAUGUGAAAGACUGAAGUAACAGUAUUGAUGCAGAAGGAAAAAUGAAAUACUCGCAGGCAGUUCUGGCCUUGCAGUAAGCCAAAUGUAAUUUUUGUAGAUUUUAAAUAUUGUAUCAAAAGCUCAUUUGAAACUGGCAUGCCUUUAAAGAAGGAAACAUUUUCUUCGUUGACAGCACCUCACAACUAGAAUCACUGUAAAAGAUGAGCCAGUGAUGACUGUAGAACAUUCUUGCUCUGUAUCCUGCUGUUCCAAGGAUGUUUUGUCCUGCACAGAUCAUUUGUGUGCUUUGGCAAGUUCAGUGAACAUGAGGCGGUGGGGUAUAAAUAAAAAUGUAAUACUUUUAAGACACUUGAUGCCAACAAAUUUUCAGAAGUCCCCCUUGGGGAGCUCUGAAAUUUCAUAGCUGUCUGGAUAUUGAAAUAAUUGCUUGGCAGCCUAUUGACUGUAUUUGAUUUUGGGCUUGUGUAGACCAGACUGCCUUAUUUUGAAAGCUAAUGUAUUCAUCUCCAGCGCUGAGUAGCGAGAGUUUCAGAAUACAAGCAGCAGUGGACAGAGGGGCUCUGUUGUUGAAGUGGCCUUGUGAUAGUGAAUCAAACAAGGGCACUUGUAUUUUCUUUUCGCAUUGAGGCAGUUUGUAUGUGCUGGUAUUUUCCUUUUCUUGACAGAUUUAGCAGACAAGAUAUGCUAGGAACUGUAAUCCUUUUUUUGUCAUUAGAUGAGAAGUUUAUUGGCCUAACAUCAUUUUGUGACCUAUCUAGCUACAUUCUGAUGGAUAUGUGCUGUUUUUUCCCAUACAAAUGUAAAUAAAACUCAUUGAAAAACGUUUCUAAAUUCUGGGCAGUCAAUCUUGUAAAAUCCUUUUUAUAGUCAAAUAUGGUGUCAGCGUGUGGUUUCAUUUGAAGAAUGAGUUCCACCCUGACCAGAAAGUAUCCAGUUCCAUUUCAUUCACAUUAUCUGACAUGCUUACUGUUUGUAUCAGGGCAGUUGCUUUUGCAGUCCCCUUUGCACAGAAAUUGUUAGAUGCAAGUGGUUUACUAUACCCUGCAUCCCUUUGUAAUGAAGAGCCUUAUUAAAGCCAAGCACAUGCCAUUUCUUUGGACUGACUCAGUAGCAUCCUGCCUGUUACCUCUGCCUUGGCUGUUUUAUUAUGAAUUCUAAUAGGGUUUUUCAUACGCAGGUUUUAAUAGUGUGUACUGUGCAUACGUGAGCGUACUCGGCCUUUGCCUGUCACUGGAACAUACUGCCAUAAUUAGUUUAGAAAGAUCUUGGGUUUCUGCGAGUCAGUAGAUGACUCUCGAGUCCCUCUGGACGACAUAAAAUGCAGACGCCACGUUACCAAAUCAUCUUUAGAGAUGAGGAAGACUGACUGGUAAAAAGCUAUCAUCUUUAUGCUUAAUGAUUUCACUAAGUAAAGUCUCGGGUACUUUUUCUUUAACUUGGGGCAUGGAGCUUAAGAGAUAGGAGACAUGGUAUGUUCACAGUCUAACUUUAAACAGACACUUUUUUGUUAAUCAUUGGUUUAUAUUGAGGGGUGUCACGCUGAGGGAGGUGGUGGAGUAGAGAUCCACUGAAUGGUGGUGGAGGUUGUUAAUGUGCUUCCCAAGUGCUGGGUAUUAAAAGGCCAGGAAGCAGUUUUUCAUGCCUUGGGUGGAUUUGCUGUAGCUAAGUUUUGUACCAGACAGUUGGUAGCCCCUUUGGCUGUCCUUUGGCUGUUGUCUGUAAUGCUGACCUUGUAAUGCAUGGUUGGCCAGUGUUGAUAAAGUAGAAGAAAAUAAAUCAAUAAUUACCUGGUAUACAAUGACGCUGUAAUGCCUUUUUUGUAAUGACUAUGCAAUGUUUUUUUUUUGUAAAAAGGUUUGACUCUUUUUCAUACUUUUGUGAGGUUGGGAGUAAAUGUUUCCUUCAUGAUAAACAUUUGGAUAUUUUUCCCCAGGGCAAUGCAUUUCUUAAAGUUAUGCAAUUGUUUUUUCCUAAAGGUGAAAAUAAAAGAUACAGGCCUUUCUUGAAAUAUUCAUUGUUAGUGUUUUUUUUUUUAGUGUAGGUUUUACUUUUUGCUUUAGAGAGGUCUGUGCAUGCCAGGUAAUCUUAGUGUUUUUUUCUAAAGCCAGUGUAUUAUAAUACUUUAGACACAAGGAGGAAAAGCUAUGUAUCUUUUUUACUGUACUGAAUUUUUACUGUAAAAUACAUGUCAUUUGUGACAUGUUUCUAUUUUGUACAUCCCCCUAAACUUCAGAGAUCUUUCGGAAUUGGCCAGACCUUUCUACACAUCCGUGCCAAACCGUGUUUCGAUGGGAUGGGAGAGGACUGGGAUCUUGUUCACAAAGUGCAAGCGGAUGUUCACUGUAAACCAUUUGUUUUAUAGUAAGUUCUUUUAUAGUAAAGCCCACAGCUGAACUGCCAUGCUGUCUUACCCCUUUUUCAUCUUUUCAAUAAACUUUUUUUAAAAUGA